CGGAAGGGAAGGGAGGGGAGGGGAGGGGAGAGAGAGAGAGAGGGAGAGAGAAAAGAGGGGGAGCACAUGUGUAUGCUUGUCACUAAGGGGCUGGGAGAAGGACUAAGGGAAGCGAGGUAGCUGGCCACAGCCGCCAUAUGCUGACUGGAUUCCUGUUCAUGUCUGCUGAGUGAAGACUGAACGCUCGCCGGCUGGGGAACACACCAUGGGAAGCUCACAUCUCCUCAACAAAGGCAUGCCUCUAGGCAUCAGGCCACCCAUAAUGAACGGUCCCAUGCACCCCCGCCCUCUGGUGGCGCUGCUGGAUGGGCGAGACUGCACGGUGGAGAUGCCCAUCCUGAAAGACGUAGCAACCGUGGCCUUCUGUGACGCUCAGUCCACACAGGAGAUUCACGAGAAGGUGCUGAACGAAGCUGUAGGAGCUCUGAUGUACCACACCAUCACUCUGAUGAGGGAAGACCUGGAAAAGUUUAAAGGUCUGCGCAUCAUCGUCCGCAUCGGCAGCGGCUAUGACAACAUUGACAUCAAAUCUGCUGGAGAGCUGGGCAUAGCUGUGUGUAAUAUGCCAGCGGCGUCAGUGGAGGAGACGGCGGACUCCACGCUGUGUCACAUCCUCACCCUGUACCGACGCACAACCUGGCUGCACCAGGCGCUGCGGGAGGGCACGCGGGUUCAGAGCGUGGAGCAGAUCCGAGAAGUGGCUUCAGGAGCAGCGAGGAUCAGAGGAGAGACGCUGGGACUCAUAGGGCUUGGUCGGGUGGGCCAGGCUGUAGCCCUGCGAGCCAAGGUCUUCGGCUUCAAUGUGAUUUUCUAUGACCCUUAUUUGGCCGAUGGAGUAGAAAGAUCCCUGGGACUACAAAGGGUCACCACACUACAGGACCUGCUCUUCCACUCCGACUGCGUCUCUCUGCACUGCAGCCUCAACGAACACAACCACCACCUGAUCAACGACUUCACCAUCAAACAGAUGCGGCAGGGGGCGUUCCUGGUGAACACGGCACGGGGGGGUCUGGUGGAUGAGAAGGCGCUGGCUCAGGCUCUGAAGGAGGGCAGGAUACGGGGAGCUGCUCUAGAUGUUCACGAGACAGAACCAUUCAGCUUCAGUCAGGGCCCGCUCAAGGACGCUCCCAAUCUGAUCUGCACCCCCCACGCUGCCUGGUACAGCGAACAGGCAUCGCUGGAGAUGAGAGAGGAGGCAGCCAGGGAGAUCCGAAGGGCUAUCACAGGUCGUAUCCCAGACAGUCUGAAGAACUGUGUGAAUAAGGAGUUCCUCUCCCAGAACAACCACUGGACAGGAGUCGACCCCGCCACCGUCCACCCCGAGCUCAACGGGGCUUAUAGUCUUUCUGUUUGUCCCUCCCCCCUUCAGGUAUCCCCCAGGAGUGGUGAACCUGCCAGCUGGCGGCCUCCCUCCCCCCGUUGAAGGCAUUGUGCCCAGCGCUGUGCCCAUGGCACACACCCUCCCGCCAGCCAUCACGCACCCUCCUCAUGCACUGUCCCCACAAAAUACAGUGAAGCCACCAGAGGGCGACAGAGAGCAGCAUCCGAAUGAUCAACUGUAGCCAUGCACUACACACACACACACACACACACACACACACACACACACACACACUCACACACACAGACACACACACACUCACACACACUCACACACACACACUCACACACACACACACACACACACACACACACACACACACACACACACACACACUUGCCUGUGUUGUCUGGUGACAAGCUGGUAUCAGACGAGUGUCAGAUGGACAGGUUGAGGUCCCAAUAACAAUCGAUUUACAACUCUCUGGCAAAUUGUUUCCCAGCAGCCAGUUCACCCUCCAAAGAAGAAGAAAAAGACCAUAGAAGAGGACGGUGAAGAAAGCGGAUAGCUCUGAGAUGCUCUAAAAAAAACAACAAGACAGUUGCUCGUUGGUCCAACAAGAAGUCCUGGGAAAGACUGUAAAGAUCCACAGGUUGACCUUCAAAUAGGAAUUACAGUUUAGUCACGUUUCUGCCAGAAGUUAAAAAACAAAAACUGUUGAUUUGAGAGGAAAAAAAUACUGAGGUUCUGCGUCUUAGACUGUAGUGUGUCCAAAGUUAGAGGUGCGGGUUUCAUGUCUUCUCUCUUUUUCUGUGUCCUUUCCUUAGUUUUGAUGUACAAGCAAAAGUAGUAGGUUAUGAAAUGAAUGUAACCCUUCCGUGUACAGCUCUUAGAGACGGGAUACUGAUAGUUGUAUUCCAGUCUUAACUAAAACAAGGGUUAUGUGAUCUUUGAUGUAGCCAAACUGGUCUCAGAAUACAAUAUCUGUUUUUGUUUUGUGUCGCUAAAUUACAAACCCCAAUCCAAAAAAAAAGGAAAAAGAGGCAGCUUUUUGCACACCAUCUCAGGAAAUUAAGUUUCCGCAGUUGGUAUGGUAUUUAUAAUUUGUUUUAAAAAUUCCUUUUUAUGCCACUUAGUGCUUUUGUUUUUCUACCUGCUUGCCUUUUUUUCGUGUCAUGCUGCAUUAGAUAAUGAUAACUUUAACAAGAGCUAAAGUUGAUCUAAUGUUUGCUUUUGUUUGUUUUGUUUAAGGGGCAUGCAAUUUUGCUCUUGGGACUAAAUAAUUGACCCAAAUCGAGGGGGUUGUGGGAGAAAGGCUGUAGGGAGGUGGUGUAAUGGUAUGCUUGGCUGGAAGACUUCAUCCUUUAGUGGCCAUUUAAGUUUACAAAAUAUUGUGAGGAAGUGAGAGGUAAUUACUUUGAAGGACAAAAACAGGUUGGGGAUAAACACAGAGUUUGUUGAAGCGUACAUUAAAAAAAAGUAAUUAUCUUGGUUGUGUAAUGUCUAAUGAUCCAGUACUUCCAUUAUUACACACAUUCAUCAUCUAAGUCAUGGAGCAUGAACAGGUUAGCACACCAACGUUUACAAAUGAUAUACAACAUUUGUAAAUCAGGGUUUUGUUUCAUGCUAUGACAACAGACUUGUGAACAAUUGCAUUCUAUAUAUCAGUAAAUCAACUGCUUUGCUUUCUGCCAAAACCAUUUGUGUUUCUUAAACUCGUACAGAAGUCAAAUCCAGUUAGGGAUAGUUAUGGUAACUGACUGGUGAGGAACACUUCUUGAAACCAAAUCUUCAAUGGACCAGUUAAGACUUUUUUAAAUGACUACGACAACAAAGUAAAGCGUUUCAUGACAGCAUGUCAGAACGCACUGACUUCUCCAGUCUAGUAUCCCUUUAACAUUUCAUGAUGGGUCCUACCUGAGUAUACCGUUUAGCCACCCUCUGUGGCUUCUGUGUCUAUGUGUACAUAUGGUGUUUGCCUGCCUGUGUCAAUGUGACUUGGUUGUAUCUGUGUCUAAAAAAGCAGCACUGGGAGGAGGGGUGGUGGUGAAUACUCUCCAUAAGGCAUCAUUACAAAGACUGCCAAUCAAAAAACACAACUAACACUAUGUAAAAUGAAAAAAGGCUUAGAACUAGACAAAUCCAAGCCAGAAAACGGACCCAGUAAGGUGUGCUUUUAUUGGUUACAUUCCCACCAUGUGAACAAGAUGCUGAUGUUGUUACGCCAACAGUAAGGUAUACAAACAUGUUUUGUUAUCUGGAAUAUUUAUAAAUGCAUCUAGUCUAGUCAUGUUGUUGUUGUUAGCAGGACGGCUGAGUGAUGGUGCUUUUUGGGUCCCCUUCUACCAGCAGUUGAGUAGUUAAAACAGUUCACUGUUGCCUACCUGGUCUUCAUGGUGAGGUAGUAAGAGUAGCAAUCAGGGAUGGAAAUUUCACUAACCAUAUGGUGAGUUCUCAAUACCCAGGAUCUAAACGGUUGUCACACAGAUGGGACUGAGGUGACAUUCAACUAUUACUAUCAGAAAAGAGCCCCAGACGGCUGUAAUAGCACAAGUUCUACUCCUGAUCCUACCUGUAGUUACUUGGGGUAAAAUAAAACAUAAUAAUAACUGUAAGCAUUCCCCAUUCAAAGAGAUGGGUGCUUCAAGUAAAACAACAUACUAACCUUUAAAGAGUCCAGAUGCUCCUUGAAAUUCCAUCCCUGGUAGUGACACACAGUUGACUGUGGCCUACCUUGGUCCCUUUAUGGUAAAGUAGUAGGCGUAGCAAUAUACAGUAUACAUAUUCUAUAUUCUACAGUAAAUAUCAUUAUUUUUGGUCUAAACUGACAACCUGAGAAAGAUAUGUUUGUGACUGUAUGCAUUUGUAUGAAUUAUUUUAAAAGGAAAUAAACUGUGGAAAGGUGAA